AAAAACUGCAACCUACAGAUACGAAACAAUAUCAAUAAGUUUUGGUUUCCUGAAUUCAUUUUGGAUAAUAACAUUUGAACACGGGGGUCCUGUAAUUUUUGGCGUGCGCCCGUGUAUUUAGGUCCUGGAUGAAUAAUGGAGUCCAGAGCGCAAGACGUUCUACCAUCGACCGAAAUCAUCCCCCUGGCUUUGCCCAAAGGAACCGAAAAGUUGUGUGAACUGUGUCAAAAAAGAGCUUACUUGCAAUGCGGCAGGUGUCGAGUCACCUAUUACUGCGAUGCAGACCACCAGCAAUCUGACUGGAUAGGUAUCCACAAGAGGAUUUGUCAGUUGCUCAUUCCCAUUCGCACCCCAUCGCUUUUUAGUAUGCAACGAGCCGGCCGCAUUGAAAAUCUACUCAAAACGAAAGAGCUGAUAGAGAUUUGCCGGUUGGUGGCAGAGAGCAAGCUCUCUGAGGGGAAGCACCAAGAGGCUGUGCCUGCCGCCCAGGCCUGCCUGCGCUGUUCAACUGACGUGUAUGGACCCAACACAGUCCAGCUGGUGCCGGCUUACCUGCUGCUGGCUGAUGCUAAUAUGGGCAUGAAUAAUCUGGCCCUGGUGGCGGAGCUGCUGUCCCAGGCGGAGUGGGCGGUUUUGAAGAGCCCCGAAUGUGGCUAUGCGGUUCACCACCGACUGCACAGGAGCAUGGGCUGCCUCCACACGGCUACGGGUCACUUUGAGGCAGCUCUUUUUCACUUUGCCAACGACGUGCGUGUCGUCACGAGUAAACUCUGUCGAUGCGUACUUUCAACAUUUUCACAUGAGGCUUUCUGGCGAAUAUAUUUUCAGAUAUAUUUUGCUAGUGAGGAGUACGGUCUGGAUAGCACUGUGAUAUGUGGAGCUUACUUCCUCAUGGCUGCUGUGUUUGUCAAAUUGGGGGAACCGGCUAUUGUUCAUUCCUUGUACACAGAGGUGGCAGAAACCUGGCACUCCCACCUGACCAAACUCCUGCAGAGUCACAUCCAAAAUAUGCAGAAGAACCCUGACAUGCUGGAGCCCUCCUUUGAUGAAGGUCAGAAAGUGGAAGUGGGCAAGAUGCUCAGGUCCAUUUUAGCCUUUGAGCAGGACGAAACCCGAAAGGAACCCGGUAUUGAGGCUCUGGUGGCCCACGCCCUGGCCAUGCUCUCCUUCCUGGGUGGGGAUGCAGUCAAGGCACUGGAAUUUGGGCAAAUGGCACUGGAAGCGAGCCAGCUGAUUCAGAACCAUGACCUGACAGAGACCAUCCGGGCCCUGCUGCAGCUGUUGGGUAAAGACCCGCAGCUGACUUCCGUCUAACCUCUACACAAGGGGUGAGCAAAAGAUGGCCCGAGGGUCACAAAUGAUCCACUCUGUUCUUUAAUCCGGCCCAAUAAGAACUGAUAUUGUCAAGAGUCCCGAUAUAUUUGUUCAAUGUCUGGUUUGGUGUUUUACCUCCCCAAACUAGUUCAUUAAUGUUUACCGUUUAUUUUCACACAAUUUUCAGACAAUAUGUCUCUUAAAAUAAAUGUUUCCUUCUUUUUAUACCAUUUGAAUGCUCUGUGCUAACUAGUGUGCGUAAUACAUGGUUGCAUGAAUGAUUACAUUUUUUACGAGGUUUUAUUGUCUACAUAAAGUUAUUUUAUAAAAAGUCAUCUGUAUUGUAUUUGUGUUGAUUGUCUUUGGCAUUUUGCAUGUGUCCUUGAAAUUGUUGCCCACCCUAUCAUUAUGAGGUAACCAUCCCCUUUUAGGACCAUCAUUGUCUUUCCUCACUGUUCGUUCAACAUACAUAUAAUUUUUCGCAUGCAGCCAGAAGCUUUGAUUAUAAGCAUAUAGUACAGUGUACAUUUUGACCUGGUUUUGAAUACAUUUAUUUUUCGGCUCUCAUCACACUAAUGGACCACACUUUCAGAGAACCGGCCAUAUUGUAACAGCCAAAUAUGUACAGUAUUUACUAUUAUGAAGCUGUAUUAUAAGUUCAAAAGAAAACCUAUUUUGCUGGGUGAAAUUGGCAAGUUUCAAUCAUGAUUGAUUCAAAAGUGAUUUGAUUCAUCUACUUUUUACUUAUAAUAUAUGGUGAGACUAAACAUAUGUUCCAAAUAUGUGAUAUUGAAAUAAAAGGUGUAAAGUUACUUCACUAAAUAGUUUCAAAAUAUUUGUGUUUUAACAGUAAGGUAAAGUGAAAGUACAAGGGAAACACAGUUAUUUGGUUCUGAAUAAUGACUCGCCUUUAUUUUCAUCUGAAAAAAGAAAAAGAAAAAGCAAGACGGAAUUAUUUACACCAUUUGGAACAUUUGUGAACAACCUUCGGGAAGCUUUUGUUGAACACUUUCAGAAUGAUGGACAGAAAGUAACGGUGAGGGCUUUUCCUUCACAUCUCGUACCAGUGUAGCACUUUCCAAUAUCAAAUGACCUUUAUCUUAUCUUAAGUCAGUUUUUCUAGACGCUACACACCAACACAGAGCUCCAGCCUGUCACAAAAGCAUAAACAUUGCAU